UGUCAGUGCAGUGCGCGUCUUGGACACGGCGCUGCGCUCUCGGCGCUCCGCCGCUCUGCUCAGCGCCUGUAAAGCACACCCCGCCCUCCCUCCACCUCCAUCUCCACCUCAACCAGCGCCGAAAGCACACACCGGGAGGAGACAGGACGUUCAAAGCUCGUCUAUCUCAGCGAUCCCGCACAGACCCGUCAUCCAGGAGCACCGGCGGCUCUCAGCGAUCAGUCCCGGAGGCGCGUCUCCGCUCUCCCGCUCGCUUGUCCGGAACCACCGCGCCGCGACGGUCCGAUCCGCUCGCCUCCCUCCCUCCUCCUCCCCCUUUUGGAGAACAGUUUCUCCCCUGGAAGCUGGAUGAAUUAUUGGAGAGUUGCAAACAAGUGCGAGAAGAAAGCUGAGGCUCGGGAUCUGCCUCCUCGCUCCGUCCAGCGAAGAGAAGCCGAACAUGGAGGGGACGUCCCUGUAUCUUCCUAUUGUCAUUUUACUGAUGCAAUGUUCCCCGUCUUCUCCCGUCACAGUGACGACCAACAAAUACAAGGUGGAGGUUCGAGAGUUCUCAGAUGCGGUGCUGUCCUGCAUGUUCCGCACAGAGCGAGACCAGAACCCGCGCAUCGAGUGGAAGAAGAGGGGGAAAGACGUGUCUUUUGUCUACUUUGAUGGACACUUCAAAGGUCCCUUUGAGGGCCGGGCGACCAUCGAAGGAGCCACAGUGACGCUACAAAGAGUGACCCAGGAGGACGCUGGGGAGUACCGAUGUGAGAUUAGUGCCCCUCUUGACUCGGUCAACCUGGGUGAGACCAACGUCACGCUCAAAGUCCUGGUUCCCCCGCACACCCCUUCCUGUGAGAUUCCCAGUGGGGCGGUGACGGGCUCAGUGGUGAAGCUGCAUUGUAGGGACCAUCAGAGCAUCCCACCGGCAACAUACUCCUGGUACAAGGACAGCCAGCCAAUCAGCCAGCCACGCCACGCCAAUGCUACCUAUGUAAUCAAUUCACACACAGGGAUACUGGAGUUUAAAUCUGUAGCCAAAGAGGACACCGGUCGAUACAGCUGCCUCGCUUCCAACGGAGUGGGACCGCCAAAGAUGUGCGAGGGGAAGCACAUGACGAUAGAGGAUGUGAACGUGUCAGCUGUCGUGGCCGCCGUCGUGGUCGUCUGCCUCGUCAUUGUGAUCUGCGGCUGCGGAGGAUACCUCCUACACCGCAACGGCUUCUUCAGUCCAGGACACAGAGGAAGGUCAUUUUGGAUCUCCCAGUGUCACGGUGCAUCCCACAUCAGCAGCCAAACCCUGCACAGAACUGAAGACACGUCCAAUGUGAACUACAUCCCUCCGCCCCAAGAAUCCACGGAUUUCAAACACACGCAGUCGUUCAUGCUCUGAGAAGCUGGCCUUCCUGUGAGAUCACACCACCCUCAUGAAAAGGUGCCAACACUGGAUACUCUCAUGUAUUCUCUCCUUUUUUGGACUCUGAAUGAGCUCUUGAACUUCCAGUAUUUGCUAAUUUCAAUCCUCCUCUUUUGGGAUCGCUUUUGACAAGCUAAUUUGCAAGGCUUCUAUUUUUUACUCUCUUGCUUUGCCGUGUGGGUCGCCUUUUAUCAUGCUCUGCUCUGAUGGGAUUAUUAAGUACACUUUCACGGCCCACUGCUUCCCCCUGGUGGUCACAUGUGGAAGCACCAACUGUGGGACCAGUCGAGCUUUUCACAGACUUUACCCCCCCCCCAUCCCUCACCCCCCAACCCUGCAGGCCAAUCGUUGUACUACCUUUGUUUUCUUUUUUUAUUUUUUACCAAAGACUGAGUUAAAGGGAUCAUUUUACUUUGAAAUCAUCACACAGAGAGUUCUCAAAGCCAUGUUUUCAAUCUCAAACAUAAAUGCAGUUUACCUCAGCUUCUGCCACAUGCCAACGUUUCGUCUUCUGUAUCACUGAGGCCCCAGCUUCCCACAGUGCCACGCAGGAUCCGCCAUGAUCUUAGUAAUAACCUGGAACAGACCAAGAAGACAGGAAGCCAAUUAUACCGAGACCAACCCCCCCUUCAUCCUAAUGUGCCUGCAUGGUCUUUUUAUAUUCGACAAUAUCAAUAUAUACCUUGUGCCUUUUUCAGUUGUCUGUCAUAUUUAUCUAUGGAUCACAGUUUUUUGUAAAGAACUUGCCUUACUUUUUCUGUCUUUAUAUUUUUGUGCCACUGUUUGUCAUUGUUUUUUAUUUUUAAAUUGAAGUGUCUGUUUUUGAACUGUGUGUGAAUGAAUUGUUCAGAGUUUUAUUUGAAUGCUGUAUCAGUAAUAAAAGGUUUUUAUAUUCAAA